GGCGGCGGCGGCCGGGCCUAGGCGGCUCCGACCAUGUCGGGCGAGGAGGAGGCGGCCGAGCUCACCAUCGCCGAGGACCUGGUGGUGACCAAGUACAAGAUGGGGGGGGACAUCGCCAACCGGGUCCUGCGUGCGGUGGUUGAAGCGGCAAACUCUGGAGCAUCAGUUCUCUGCUUGUGUGAAAAGGGAGAUGCCAUGAUCAUGGAAGAGACUGGCAAAAUUUUCAAGAAGGAAAAAGAAAUGAAAAAAGGUAUUGCCUUCCCAACGAGUAUAUCGGUAAAUAACUGUGUCUGUCACUUUUCCCCCUUGAAGAGUGACCAAGAUUACAUCCUCAAAGAUGGAGACUUGGUCAAAAUUGACUUGGGAGUCCACGUUGAUGGUUUCAUAGCUAAUGUAGCACACAGUUUUGUCAUAGAUGCAUCAAAGGAAAACCCUGUGUCAGGUCGUAAAGCUGAUGUCAUCAAGGCAGCUCAUCUCUGUGCUGAAGCUGCUCUGCGCUUGGUAAAGCCUGGAAACCAGAACACGCAAGUGACAGACGCUUGGAACAAAAUAGCCCACUCGUUUCACUGCACACCAAUUGAAGGGAUGCUGUCACACCAGCUGAAACAGCAUGUGAUUGAUGGAGAGAAAACAAUCAUCCAGAACCCUACAGACCAGCAAAAGAAGGACCACGAAAAAGCAGAAUUUGAGGUCCAUGAAGUUUACGCUGUUGAUGUUCUUGUCAGCACUGGAGAGGGAAAGGCAAAGGAUGCUGGACAGAGAACUACAAUUUACAAAAGGGACCCCUCCAAACAGUAUGGCUUGAAGAUGAAAACCUCCCGUGCCUUUUUCAGUGAGGUGGAGAGGCGCUUUGAUACUAUGCCAUUUACUCUCAGGGCAUUUGAGGAUGAGAAAAAGGCCAGGAUGGGGGUGGUGGAAUGCGCCAAACAUGAGCUGCUCCAGCCUUUCAAUGUCCUUUAUGAAAAGGAAGGAGAGUUUGUUGCACAGUUCAAAUUCACAGUGCUUUUAAUGCCCAACGGUCCUAUGAGGAUAACCAGUGGCCCCUUUGAGCCAGAGCUCUACAAGUCAGAGUUUGAAGUGCAAGAUGGAGAACUGAAGGCACUUCUACAAAGUUCUGCAAGCCGGAAGACCCAGAAAAAGAAGAAAAAGAAGGCCUCUAAGAACGCAGAGAAUGCCACCACAGGAGAAACAGCGGAAGAGAAUGAAGCUGGCGACUGAACAGCUCCCUCCAUGUAGCACCCAAUUCACACACACUUGCCCCUUUUCUCCCCCAAAACAGAAACGAAAUAAUCUAGCGCUGUUUCUUUUACGACCAAACAACAAACAGUCUGGACUUCCCACUGACUACAACCAGCUCCUAUUGACUUUGCCAUUGAGGGAGAAUUCCCUCAGCCACUUCAGACUACUUAAAAAAGAAAACAGAAAAAUGAAAUCAGGAGUAAAAGCUAGUCUAUAUCCACUCUUUCUAACCUUUUGUACUACUCAUACUUGUUAAAGAGGUGAACAACUAAGCUGUUCUUGGUGAGAGAGGGAGUUUAGAGAGCUGCCUGCUUUCUUCUUCCUACUCCUCCCUUUUUUUUAAUUUCUCCCUUUACAGAUUUUCAGGGGUGGGGGGGAACAGCUGAUUAAACCUGAGAAAGUGACCCGUGUUUAGUGAUAUGGUACUCAUGGACGGUGUAAGGUAAUCUGCCUCAGCACUAUCUCAGCUCCUCCCCGUCCAUGUAGACAUUCUCUCACUGUAACUGUUAUCUUGGAGCAGAAGACUUCUUGCUCUUUCUUUUAGCCUCUAGAUUGUACAUUUAAAAUUGGGAAAAGUCGUAUCAAAUUUUAUGUCCCCUAUGAGACUGUAGACUGUUCUGUCUACUGCGUUCUGUCUGAGCGUUGCUUUACAUAUAAACGCUCUAUUUUUUUAAUAUGCCGCUCUGAUAAGCCUGUUUUUUGACAGUCCGACGUGUAUGGAAGCACACUAUUGAAGUCAGCAUUCCCUGUGCAAAAGCUCUGCUGCAGGGCAAGAGGCAGGCGAGCUGACCACCCCUGUGUAAUGCCCACCGCUUGGCAGUAUGUAAUUUCCUGGUAUCCUGGGGAGUUUAUUCUUCCCUGUGGCUGGUUUCUAUGGCCCCUGAAUGUUCCACUCUUAUGUGCAUUGGAUCUCUCAAAAGAAUAUCCUCUUUGCACAUGCUCCUCUCAUUGGUGAAAUCAACUAGAGAAAUGCUACAGCAGUUGUCAGACUUGGACUACAGUUCAUCCAGGGGUAUCACUCUUUAAGUUUCUUCUUUUUUCUUUUUUCUUUUUUUUUUUUUUUGGUGUUUUUGUUUUUAAGAGAAAAACAGAUUGAAUUUUAUGUAUUUGAAUGUGAGGGUUCUUCCUUUGCUGAUAUCCUCUGACCAGGUCUAUGGUUAUCCACCUUCUGUAGCUAAAUUUGGGGAAAGCUUCUUGCCUCUAAAAAUGCCCUUUCAGACAGCUCUCGUGCUUCUCCACAGGCCAAGUGCUUCCUUGCCAACAUCUGGGUUUUAAAACCUAAACUCAAAACAUGCAAAUAUUACCAAAGUUUAAGUCAAUAAAAGAAAAUAAACGAUGUGAUUUUUUUUUCUGAAUUUUUCCAUCUCUGUCUGCAAACUGUCUGCUCCUAUUUUCUGUCCUAUCCAGCUCUUCUGCGGGGCCCUUGGGCAGGUGGAUAAAAGCAGAUACGCUGCGGGGAAUACCCUGAAUGGAUGCGGGGUAGCUACCCAUCAAACACUGAAGCCAGAGACAGGAGGGCUCCUGUCCAAAUCACUGGUGUAGUUUAGGCAGCUCCUAAAUGUUAACCAUGAACCUAAGGGGGAAAAAAAAAAAACUUGUUCCCAAAGAGGAACAUUUUAGCAUUUAUAAGCAAUAUACUGUCUUCUGUAGAAGAAAGGCAGAGCUAAUCUUUCUCAUAGUCCACAAUACAGAUUUAUAAACCACUAAGACUUGCUGGAGGUUUAUUUAAUUUUCUAUUUUUACUUUUAAAAAAAAUUGUACCUCUUGAUACAAGCAACAAAAAUGCAGUUGUUAAAAGUUUGAAAAGCGAGAACUCCCAAGAAGCACUCUGUAACUGACUUUUUCCAAAUAAAAUUGACUAGUGACAUCUGUUUGGACAGAAAA